AUGCAGCUUGCACCGUCUGCUGAUGAGACGAUCGAAGGCUCUGGCAAGAUGCAACCUCCAUUCUUUAGACUUCCGGCCGAGCUCCGCAAUGUGAUCUACGAGGACGUCCUCGGCGAUCUGAGCAACGCUUUCCCGUGUUUUGGGGGCGUGACGUAUGUCCAAUAUCGCCGCGUCAGUCUACUAUUCGUCAAUCGGCAAAUGUACUUGGAAACACGCCUGCUUCCGUACUCCAUGAAUUCAAUCACAGCCGGCCCUCGCACCGGAUUUGAAGAGUGGAAGAAAAGACGUACACCUGAACAAUUGAACGCUAUUUGUAGAUUACACAUCGUCGUUGCUAGUUCUCCUUAUCAUACGCCUGCGGAGCUCCCACCCGAUGCCACCGACUUUGGUUAUACUAUUGCCAACAACCUGGCAAUGAACAACCUGAUACAAACGCAAAUGGCAUUCCCGGAAAUGAGUAGGCUGAAACACAUUCUUGUCGAACUCCGGUCUCAUGCAGUGGAUGCAAUGGAGCUCAUGCAGCAGAUCGAAUUCCUUCAAGAAGCAAAGACUCAAGUCAGAAGGAUGAAUCCUCGAGCCGACGUGGCGGUCGACUUGAUCUGCCUUGGGGACAAACUCCGUAAAGCUGUUACACCUGAUUCUUCAACGACUGGUCUCCGCAUAAUGCGUUUUGACAAGCUGUGUGAAGGAACCGGACGUUCUCUUGAUGAUAUCCUGAAGCGGUGCCAGCCAAUACAGUCCAUAUACAGUCACCAGGAGAGGCUGAAUAUUUUGCGCAGCACAUGGGCAGUCUCUGAGUGGAUGGCUCUGCGCGGUGUAUUCCACACCCAUUCCUGA